AUGGCAUCUUUUUUUUUUCAGAUUCCUGAAUCAAUCGACUGGCGAGAAAAGGGACUCGUUACCGAUGUGAAAAACCAAGGAAUGUGCGGAUCUUGCUGGGCUUUCUCAGCUACCGGAGCCCUCGAAGGACAGCAUGCUCGUGCCGCUGGAAAAAUGGUUUCCCUUUCCGAGCAAAAUCUGGUAGAUUGCUCAACUAAGUAUGGAAAUCACGGCUGCAAUGGUGGUCUCAUGGAUCUUGCUUUUGAAUACAUUAAGGAGAAUCAUGGAAUAGACACCGAAGAGAGCUACCCCUAUGUCGGCAGGGAAACGAAAUGCCAUUUUAAGGCAAAGGACAUCGGUGCCGACGACAAGGGAUUUGUUGAUCUUCCAGAAGGAGACGAAGAGGCUUUGAAGGUAGCAGUCGCGACCCAAGGCCCUAUCUCCAUUGCUAUCGAUGCAGGUCAUAGAACCUUCCAGCUGUAUAAGAAAGGUAAAUGA